AUGGCCGACCACAACUCCCCAGACUACAAAUUUCUUUAUCUUCAGACGGAAGAGAGACGGAGGCAGGCUGAAGAGGAAGGCCGACAGGAGAAAGAGAGACGAGAGCGAGCUGAAGAGGAAGGCCGGCAGGAGAAAGAGAGACGAGAGCGAGCUGAAGAGGAAGGCCGGCAGGAGAAAGAGAGACGAGAGCGAGCUGAAGAGCGAACUCAGCCAACCACUUUCGUGGAUUUCUUGCGACUUUCCCACAACUUGCUCUCCCGACCCUUGAGGGUCGAGACACCAUCUCGCUCGACUAGAGGGAAAGUCCCCUUGCCCACUGGCAAAUACUGCCCGACACGAUUAGAGCAUUGGACGGACUGUUCAGAACAACAGUCGGUUCUCUAUAGGACCGUCUGUAGCUUCCUACAGUUGGUACCGGGGGGGGCGCCGCGUCUAUUCUCUUCUUUGCAAGAGCUAGAAGGGUUAGCUCAACAAUUUAGCUACACACCUAUAAGCAGCGAGCAAGAACUGGAGGCUUAUGAGAGACUCGCAGUGGAGAAACACGUCUACCAUAUUAUAGCGGAGCUAUGCAAAAUACCUGCUGCUUGUGAAGAGUUCGGCCUUGGCCAUGGCAUUCGGCUCAGCAACCACACCAACUCCUUGACCGAGAAUACAGCUAUUGAGACGGAUACGAGCCAACCUUCAAGCACAUACCACCCAAGACCCGAUCAAAUCUAUAUCCAUCGUGCCGAUGGUAUCACCGAAACUAUCCUUACGACAGUCGAAUAUAAGCCACCGCAUAAGCUUCCGGUUGCAGCCCUUCGAACCGGACUUCGGCCAAUGAAUUUAUGGAAUGAUUUAGUCCGGUCGAAUAAGAUACCCACAAACCAGGAAGCAAAAUUGAGGUACAAUGCAGCUCGACUUAGUUGCUCUGCUCUUGUCCAGGAGUAUCAUGUGAUGAUCCAAGAAGGGCUUGAAUUUUCCUACGUGACUAACGGGAUCGCUCGGGUUCUCCUCCGUGUUCCCUAUGAUAAUCCUAGCACGCUUGAAUACUUUUUAUGUGAUCCUAAUAGCGAGAUAAUUUCCGAAGACGGAGAUUUUUUCCAGCAACCGCGAACUUCCGUUGCACGGACUCUAUGCCUAUGUUUGAUGGCUUUCCGUUCGCCUAUUCGCGACCAGGAAUGGAGGAAUUCCGUGCGACCUCGUCUUCGUACUUGGGAGACUAGUUUUAACCACGCUCGUUCUCAACUUUCCAAUACAGAAUUAGAGCAGAUUGCUAUACAUUCCGACAGUACAACUAUGGAUUUCCCGAGUCCAGAAUCUGGCUCAUCUUACGCGCUACCGUCAUCUUCACCGGAUUCGCCCACAACGGACGGCCGUCGAGUGCCCACUAGAUCCUAUGCUACCUGUGCACCUCCUAAUGAGCAACACCGCUCCCAGUCGCCGGAGCUAUCUGACUCCGAUCCGAACCACGCAACGGGAAGGAAGCGCGGAUUCAGUCAAGUCAUGUCCUCACCGUCUGCCCGACAAGCUACAGGUCGUUCCGAAUCCAGUCAAUAUCAGUGCAAUCAGUCACAGCGCCACAAUGCGCAGUUUUGCACACAGCAGUGCUUGCUUGGGCUGCAGACUGGAGGCAUUCUGGAUGACCGUUGCCCAAAUGUAACACUCCAUCGUCAAGGCGGAGAUACCUUCAAGCAUCUUAUCAAAUCAGAGGAUCUGGUGAACCUGAUAAAAGCAGAAUUAGACGAAAACAUUGACCGAUGUAUACCCUUUGGAAGGCGCGGAUCAUACGGUGCUCCCUUUAAAUUGACCUGUGCCGCAUAUGGCUAUACUGUUAUCGGGAAAGGAACCACGUCUGGAUUGUGGAAAGAGGUCUCCGGGGAAGCGCAGGUAUAUCAUAUCCUACGGAAAGUUCAAGGGUCGGCCGUCCCCGUUUUUUUAGGCACAGUCGACUUGGCGAAAAUUUACUUUCUUCAUAGAGCCGGGGAAAUCCGUCACAUGCUUCUCAUGGGAUGGGGUGGCGAAAGUAUAUCUACGAUGGAGCUAUCGCCUUUGCUUCGCGAAGAGAUCCGCAAAUCUUGCAAGGAAAUCAGAUCUUUGGGAAUUAUCCACGAAGAUUUUCGGCAUGACAAUGUCCUUUGGAAUGAGGAACUAGGACGGGCCUUGAUCAUCGACUUUCACCGUAUUUCUUUGAGAAAUCGGCCAAAUCGGCAUCGACUCCAAAACUCCAAGCGACGACACUGUGGAACGGAGGCGAAACCUACGAAACGUCUUCGUGUCCCCUGA